AUUCUAUAACCUAUAUCGAUUUUUUUUCCUCGCUAUGAUAUCGUUCUAUUUAAUCUAAAAUUAUGAUAAUAAUAUUCAAUUACCUGCAACAUAUGCGAUUAUGGUGAAAAGUUUCUAUGAACAAUAAUUUUACAGCGUAACUUUCCCGUAACACUCGAAUCCACCAAUACGACAAAUCAAUUAUAUGUUAGGCAUUUUAUAAUUAAUUACAAGUUUUUUUGUUAUUAAAUAAAAUUAUGAUACUUUUAUUUUUAGGCGAUUUUAUACCUAGUUAGGCGGUUUGAAACGGUUCUAGUCGUCUUUACAUAGUCAACUAAUCAUGAAUCAAUUAUCAUUCCUUUUUGUUUGUUUGAAAUUCAAACUUUGGAUGUAGGUUUUCAAUUUUUAAUUACAUUAAAUUUAAGUUUAUAACUUUGUUCGAUUUCAGGUAUAUCAUCUUGAAAUCGAAAGUUAACUAUUCUAGCCACUAACAAGUCACCAAAAGAAAAUAGACAUGACAUGAUUUUCCGUGGCUAAAUGAGCUACCGAUCUAAUCCAUGACAUUAGCUACUUAAAAGAUUGAAUUGUAUGUUUAGAACUCACUUACGUGUAGUCGUGUACAAUUGCGCAAAAGAAAUUGGACUUGAAGUUCAAGUCUUGAACAAGAAAAGGAUAUCCUUUGGGAGUAUAUAAAAAAAGAAAACGAGUUUCAAUUUGCCAAGAAAAAUAAAUUAGAGAGAUCCACUCGAGAACGCAUAUUCUCAAACUUGCACAACAUUUAAAAACACAUUAAAAGGUAAAAAAGACAACUUUGAAAACCUCAUUGCCUCAAAAACAUUCUCAACUCUUAUCCAAAACACAAAAGGAGAUUUGAUCAUAUAAAUCUUUAUGGUGACAGAAGCCAUGAAAGCCAAGGCAGAGGUGUACCAUGGAGACAAGAUAUGCAGAGAGAAAUUCGGUUCACUUUUAUCCGAAAUCGGGUUACCCAACCGGCUCCUUAGUAACAAGGAGAUCGAAGAAUGUGGAUACGUGAAAGACACGGGUUUUGUGUGGUUAAAGCACAAGAAGAAGAAGAAAGAAGACCAGAAAAGGAGAUAUCAAGACUUGUUUAGAUUUGAUAACGUUGUGGUAUGUUUCGAAGAUGAAGUCACUGCAUAUUUCGAGCCUAACAGGAUCAAGAAACUCACUGGGGUUAAGGCUAAGGAGUUCAUGGUUUGGAUCUCACUCGGCGAGAUUCAAGUGAACCGUUCCUCUGGUUUGAUUACGUUCAAGACACAGGUCGGUUUAUUGUCUAAGUCGUUGCCUUUGUCAGUGUUUGAAGACGUUCAGGGUGAUGAUCAUGAUCUCAAGGAGAAGCCAGAAAAGGUUCAACCAAAAUUCAACAAAACCACAAUAUAUUUGUACUAAAAGCAACAGAAGAAAUCAACUGUAUAUAUGUAUAUUAAUUUAUAUGUUAUCCUAGAAGGAUUAUAAAACCUUGAAAAAAAUU